GCAUACAGAGGUUUUAGAGUCGAUAAGUUCAGUUCGUCGGUUGCACAGCGUUGGUACAGACGCCUUGGAAUCGGUUUUUGCGGAGAAUUCGAAAAUGGCUGAAGAAUUAAACAAACUAAGAGCAGGAGAAGCCCUCACCAUGGCAACCAAGGAUGCUGCUGGUGGCUCUUCUACGUCUCCUUUGCGGAUGCAAGCUCUGAAAUCUCCAAUCCCUCGUCAGAGCUCACUUCCUGUCAGAGCAAAUUCACCUGCCAGGAUGCAUCAGCUUAUCAAUAGAAAUAUUCUAUCAUUCCCUGGCAAGAUCCCAUCUGGACCACAGAGUUUUUCACAGUCAUUCGGCGGCACAAUGAGAAAGAAAGAUCAGUUUGGUACACCUUCCUAUCCAUCUCCACUAGACAGGAUAAGGACAGGCAAAAGGGAGAGGGCAGCACAGUUUGGUUUGAGUUCAUCAUUCAAUACAUCACUUGACAUAAACCAAACCUUCCCACUUACUGAGCUACCAGCUUCUAAAUCAGAUCUUAUUUCCAAUGAACCUAUUACAGGAUGUACCUUAGAAAAGUUCAAAGGGGACGAACUGAACUCUCUCAGCUUUACUGGGGGACUAUGCAAGGGGUCGUUUGCUCCCACCCCUACCCCACCACCACCACCACUUAACAUGUCCCUUGGUAGGUCUUGGUCAUUUUACAACUUUGUUGGUGGAGCCCAGACAGGCAUGGUCCUCCCUACAACAGUAAGGAAUCCAAACAAGGCAAUGCUGACUAUAGAAGCACGUAGUACCAAGAUUCUAGUUGCAAGUAAGAUGGCUGGAGAACUAUUUGGAUAUGACCCUCAAGAGUUGGUUGGGAAGAAAAUGACUGAUCUUCUCUCGCUUCCUGAUAGAGACAGACCUCAUGCUCUCAUGGAAGAACAUCUAGAAUCUACUGGACAAGUGGUUAUGGUCUCAGGACAUGUGUUUGACAUCAUGGACUCCAAUGGUCUAGUCAUUCCUGUCUCUCUCUGGAUGAAAAAACUAACAGACGAAGAGAAUCCAAAAUGUCUGGUCGUCAUGGAACCAGUUGAAAGGACAUCGGGCAAAAUUGUCUUUGAUGUCACAGGAGCCAUUGUAAGAGCAAGCCAUGAGAUUGUAUACCUGCAUGGUUUUACAUCAGAGAAUGAAGUUAUGGGAAUGAGUGUUAAACAGCUCAUGCCUCAUCUGAACCUACCAUCUAUCAAUGGAAAUAUUGAUACUUCUGUGAAGAAACAACAGGUGACAGGCAGAACUAAAGAUGGUUCUUCAUUUCCUGCGAGUGUUCACAUCAGAUCUGUUAAACCUCAAGAACUACUUUCAUCACUCAACGAUACAGGACAAGCCUCGAAUAUAUCUACAUCUAAUUUUUCUACUGCUAAUAAUGCUGACACUCUUGAUAUGUUAUCGACGGCUGGCUCAUCGGCGGAUUAUGAACUCUGUCCUCCAAAUGAAAACCAAGAUGGUGCUGUUAGCCUUGGAGACCAGCUGUUUUGUGCAAGUGUUUGGGUGUUUGCUAAUAUCAGUGGCAUGCUAAGCAUUCUACCCGAUGGUACCAUCCAUAGUAUCAACUCAACAUUCUCAAUUAUGCUCUUUGGUCAUGUACAUGAUGAUCUUAUAGGCAAGCACAUCACCACCAUCGUUCCUGACUUCUAUGAGAAUCUUGACAUGCUUGAUGAUAGUUCCAUGCCUCUCCCACCCCUUGAUGAUGAUAGCAUAGAGGAGGAUUCUGAAGAGGAGUCUUUCAACCUUCCUACCAGCAGACCGGCUUCAAGGGCACCAGACCCUUCCUUAGCCACGCAGGGAAUCCUCCAUGAUGGCAUCAGUGAUGUCGUUGUUCAUGGUGCUGUAAGGUCUCUAGCAAGUAGAGCAGAGAGGCCUGAUACUGCAGAUCUGAUUGAAGCAGCCAAUGAGAUCGCUUCAGGAUUGGAAACUCCAGACUAUCUACUUCGUCCAGAGAGUACCACCACCGAUGAACUCUUGCAAUCCUCAGCAGGAAGAACAGACAUGCCAUCUGAUCUCCUUAAUGUCCCAUCAGCCAUUGAACCUAUCAGUCAUGAUGAGAGCAAAGAAGUCAUGAUUGGUAAUUCCAACACUUUGGGAAUGGAGGAUUCUCUGAUGUCCCAGAGGUCUUCAGUCAUUGAUGGUGGGAAGCUUCCAGAUGAAGGGUCUUCCAACCUCCUUGGACUACCGCUCUCCAGUCGGCAUGUGAGCACUGAAGUUCAAAUUGGCAAUGAGAGUGAACUAGGAAGGGUCAGUGAGUUGGGAUUUGAUUCCAACUCUUGCAGAUCCAAUACAGACUUUAUCAAAAGUAGUAGUGCAGGAGGUAUCCAGAAAGAAAUUGUUGAGGUUGAACAGAUUUCCAGGGAUGCACACAUGGAUGAAGGAAAACUGAGUGAGAGCACAAGUAGCAUCAGGAGUGUGAAGGAGGAAGUCGCCCGAUUAGAAAGACUCUCUAUAGGCGGUGGUGGAGACAGUUCUGCUAGAUCCCCAAGGACUGAGAUUAACUUGACAAAGAAUGAUUCUGGUAAAAUUAGCAAAGUGGAUAAUGAGAAACAAGAAGAACUUGCUGGAGUGAUGCUUGUAAAUGAAGAUGGAAAUAAAGGAGAAUCAAUGAGAGAUAGAAUCCAGCUGGAUCUGAAUUCUGUUGAUAGUGAAGAGAAUGAAGUAGUAACUGCAAGAAAGGUCACUCAGAACACUGAGGUGGAGAGGUCUUGUAAGGAUAAGAAAGGAGAAAGCAAUGACAAUGUUAGGCAGACUUGUUGGACAGAGGACAUUCAAGCUUCUGAACAAUCCAGGGUUUCUCCGGUGGCUCUAGAAGCCAAUAACAAUAUCCCUGUUGAUAAAGCAAGUGAUAUGGUUCUUCAAGGUAAGAGCGAUGACUCAACAGUUAAGAGUUCUGACAUUACACCUGAGAUUGACGAUGGAGUGCAUCAUGGUAAGGCUCUGUAUACAUCAACCCCAGCAGCCAAUAGGAAGGUUGGUAAACAGUUCUCUUUGUUAUCAUCGGGACCUUUACCAGAAGGAGGAUUUGUUGGAUUGGCAAAGCAUCGGGAUGGCAACCUGCUUGGCAUCUUGUUCCAAGUAAAGAGGGUAGACUUAGAUGAUGGAGAGACACUGUAUUGUAUAUGGAUGUCACGUGACCCAGCGGAACCUACAGACUUUGGUCACAUGACUUCAAGUAUGGCCAAUCCAUCAAGUAUUGACAGUACCUUCAAUCAAUCAAACCACACACAGAGCAUGGCAGAGAUCGUAGCCAACAAUGGUGCUCAGAACGUGAACCUUGACUCAUCACUCUCUAUGGAACAAGAUGAUCAGAGAUUAGGAUUAGGGGAGUACCAGAGACACUACAAGACCCUACAAUCCAUAGGCAAGGGGGCAUUCGGUUUUGUUAAGAUGGCUAUGAGUAUAACUGAUAAUAAAAUGGUUGUUGUAAAGUUCAUCCGCAGAGCGAAGGUAUUAAAGGAGAACUGGGUUGAUGAUGCCAAGCUUGGCUGUAUUCCUCUUGAAGUAGCAUUUCUCACUAAAUUGGAGCAUCCAAAUAUUGUCAAGGCUUUGGACAGCUUUCAAAACGAUGAAUUCUUUCAGCUUGUAAUGGAGAAACAUGGGUCUGGAAUCGAUCUGUUUGAAUUCAUUGAUCGUCAACCAAACUUUGAUGAGGCUCUUGCUAGCUAUAUGUUUAGACAGGUUGUAGCCGCAGUGAAGUACCUACAUGAGAGGAAUAUUGUCCAUCGGGAUAUCAAAGACGAAAAUGUGAUUCUGGACGAGAAGUUCCACGUUAAACUCAUCGAUUUUGGUUCAGCCGCGUACAUGCAGAAAGGCAAGAAAUUUUCCACGUUCUGUGGAACGCUGGAGUACUGCUCACCUGAAGUCCUUCUUGGUAAUAGGUAUGAAGGUCCACAGCUGGAGCUUUGGUCUCUUGGUGUAAUGUUGUAUACAUUAGUGUUUGGUGAGAAUCCAUUUUAUGAUGUAGAAGAAACCAUCGAAGCCAUCCUUAAGCCACCUUUUGCUGUCUCCACCGCCCUGAUGCAGCUUAUCUCUUGGCUUCUUCAUCCUGAGCCAGAGUUUAGAUGUAACCUUACACAGCUCCAUUCCAGUGCAUGGCUUCAACAACCUAUUGAUAUUAACAUCUAUAAAUGGAAUGAAGUCAUGCCACCUGAAGAACCCAGAGAUGAUGAUGAUGGCCCAGACUUUCCUAAUGUGAUUGAAGACUCUGGUAACAUCUUGGAAGACUCUGGAGGUUCGGCUGAAGCAGACCAACUUAGAAGAGAGUUUGAGAAAUGUCUUGCCCUUGAUGAAGAUUACCAGGAUGGGGUUAGAUUAAGAGGAUUUAAUGCAAGUAUUUGAGUCUUGGUUCAGUUUUAGAUUUCAACGACUGCGUGCAUUUAUCUUUACCUCUGGCACCAUCAUCAUACAUGGACCUGGCCAAGGAGAACUAUCUAUGUUACUGGGGAUGCUGUGACAAUGCUCCGCACCCCCAGUAACAAUAAAAUAAUCCUCCGUGGCCAGGUCCAUGUCAUUAUUCAAUGUUGGGGCUUGUGGCCUUUUUAACACUUAGAAAUUCAAAGAAAUAUUGAAUUAUUUAGUUCAUUUAUAUUGUUACAUGACAGGUGUCAGCAUACAAAGUGUGUGUGAUGAAUGAAUGAGUGUGUUUGAAAUAUUUCACAAAUUGCAUCUUUUGAAGUGUGAACUGAAAUUCCGGUAUUUAUUUAUUUAUUUAUUUAGUGACUUAAAUGUAACACAUGUACAUUUAAAUGUUGUAUGAAAUGGUCCAGAACUGUAUUUUUUUCUCAAUUUUAUGAUUUAUGAAGUUUUACCAUGACAGGAUAAGAUUGUGUGUAAACUGAUAAUUUCCAUACACUACAUGUAUGAGACCAAAGCAUCUCUUCAAUUCAUCACCUUGAAAAUAUAUUCAUUCCUUUAGUAUGUGAAUUUAAUACUUCAGCUGUUAGCAAUUUAAACUUGUUUUAACUCCAUCAAGUUUGUAAGUGUAGAGUGGAAAAUGAUGGUAAUUACAUAUGCUCUUUAAAUUUGGACAAAAGUUUAUUUCUUGGCAUUUGCCUUAUUUAAAUCAGGUGAAAUUUGUGAAUUUGCCAAUGCACUCUUGUUUGUCAUAUCAGAAACUUAUAUACAUAAAGACAUUAUGUCCCAAUAUAUUGCGGAAUAUUGUUCAUGAUGGAAUAAUAUUGAAAAUUUGCUUGAGUCGUGUUGAAAAACAUUAUAUUCCAUAAUUUUGUGUGUGAGGACAACUGUAGAGCACUUUAUCUUCAUUACACGGCUUCAAUUGAAUUCUAAAUUUGAUUACGCACAUUCACAAAUUCAUAUAUCUGUCAUUUUUCUUGUCCAAAUACAAUGUUUUGCUCGUCUCCAUUGUCUUUUGCAUCUUUUAUGUUAUACCUGUCAGUAUAUUUGCAGUUCCAUUGCAAGGUUUAACUGACUUGCCUUCAAACUCCAAAUUAUUUGUUGCUGUUAUUUUUAAACUUGUUCGUUGUAGUGAUAUCAGGGUUAUUGUUUUUUUGUGUGUGUGUGUGUGUGUAAAUCCAGCAUGCAAAUAUGUGAAUUGAUUUUAAUGCAUUUGAGCAGAAUCAUCUGUUAAUCCCAAACUAUUGUUUAAGUGUCCUUUUUAGUAGUGCAUUAUGAACUUGAUAUGAAAUAAAUAAGUGCCAUCUACAGGAUUGUUUGUUUCUUGAGAGAAAUUAAUUUAUUGAAAAGGAUAGAACCUUGUCUGAUUGGACAAUGCAGGAAGAUGCCAAAUUUGAUUCAUUGAAGAAAGAGAAUAUGGAUAUUGUACAGCAAUAAGAUUAAUAUUUUAGCAAUAGGUGAUGGGCUGUUGAAAGUGAAUUUUUCCUGAAUCUUUGUUAAUAUUAUCCCCAUCGUGUAUAUACAGAAUAUAAAAGAUAAACAGAAUUUAAAGUGAAACUGUCUUGAUAACACUUGAAUGAUAAUUGUUUUUAUAUUGCACCUUAUUCACUGUUUGUUGUGAGUGUUUGGAUUGUCAUAUGGCUGUCUUAAUAGAUUGCAAAUAUUCUUUGAUUCCUAAAAAGGAAUAAAAAUGUUGUUUUGUAAAUGUAGUACAGAAUUGUACCCUGUUUAUGAAGCUUGCCGGAAUCAAAUCUGAUGGAUCUACAUGAAGUCCUGCAUAAAAGGCAUUGGGGCUCGUAAAGGAGUUAGCAAUUCAUUGUACAGUUUAUUUGUAUGGUUGAUUGCACAUUAUGAUAAAUUAUAUUCAGCCUGCGAAUAUUUUUGUGUAAAGAGGCUCAGGUGAUUACAAAAGGGGAUUGGUCAAUACCACAUGUAUUUAUUGCAAAGAUUGACCUGUUUGACUGGAAGAAUUUAACACUACACUGUACUGAAGCUCAUACAUAAGAAAUUCAUUUACUUUCAUUUAAAAUUGUAUUCUUUGUGUACAAGGAAAAAAUGGACCUAAUAAGAAUCUCCAUUUACUUUCUUUUUCAUUCCUUUUUUUUUACAAAAGUUUACUCUUACAUGUACUUCAACAUGUUAUCUGUUUACAUGUAUUUAUGAAUGACCAUUCCAGAUGUCACCAAAUGUUUAUUGUGAUUUAUAUGUGUAUAUCGGACUGACACUUGCUAGGAAGAAAAGCUUAUCAAAAGUUGUUUUUUAUUAAAUCUAAUGUAGGGAGCCAUGGUUUCACAAUGAUGUGUAAAAUCAUAAGUGCCUAGUGAAGCAUAGUGUGUUUUAUAAUCUGUCAUGUAGCUGGUUCUACUGAAAAUGUUUGUAUUUUGUACUUAAGUGCAUCUUUUAAAGUGAUGUGCCGUGCGGGUAAUUGGUUGAGGGUAAUGGCAAUACAUUUAUGAAAAAUUGAUCUGUAUAUUGUUGUAUUAUGCACAUAACUUUUUAAGACAUCAUUUUGUCUUAAAAUCCUGAAUAAUAUAUUUUUGUUCACAAUUGAAGUGGAUGUAAAGAUUAUACUAUUCUGACUGCACAGAUCUUUCAGUUUCAUGCAUAUUGGAAGAUACUAUCAGUAGCGGACCUUGACCCAGAGGAGACAAAGCAUUGGGGGGGCACUGCAUUGUCUGUGAACAAUGCUGUGCCCCUCCAAUGCUUUGUCUCCCCUGGGUUACGGUCAGCCACUGAAUUCUAUAUCAGAAUGUUUGUCAUUAUGGAGCUAGCCAUUUAACAAUAGUGCUUUAUCAUUCGAUGGAAUGCAUAUGGAACAAGCUUAUUGUUGCAUUUUAUAAGAAUGAAUCAGAUAGAAAUGUCAAUGCCAAAGUAAAUGCAGAGAAAAGAAUAUAUAUAUUUUUGACCAAAUCAAUAGUAUGGAACUGCAAAACACGGUGGUGCAUGUAUGACCUGAUAUACCACCAGGAACCAAUCAUCUUUAACAGUGGCAUCUGUUUUGUAUAUGAUGAAUAUAAGGUUAGCAAUUGAUUUGCCUUACUAAUGAUAAGGUGUCUAAGGGGUGUUGCAAAAAAAUAUUUGCGAUCAAUUGCAAUUAUUCUGUUGCGAUUUUACAAUUGAUAG